AUGGCGCGGCGCGACGUCAUCGCCGCGCGACGGAGGGACGGCGCGGGGCGGGACCCGGCGGACGUCAGCCAGGGCGCCAGGGCGCCACCUGCAAUUGCAGCUGUGCCUACACCCGUACCUGUACCUACACCUGUACCUGAGCCUACACCCGAACCUGAACCUGUACCCGAGGUUGGUCCCACCAUGGUGGGCGAUGAGCACUCGGAUCCCAACCUGAUGAGCUUCCUGGGGGCCACGAAGAGGAACAUGCUGGGGAACCACUUCUGGGAGUACUACGUGAACGACGCGCCGCGGGUUGUCUUGAACAAGCUGGAGAGCUGCGGCUACCGGGUGGUGAGCAUGACAGGCGUGGGCCAGACACUGGUGUGGUGCCUCCACAAGGAAUAGCAAGGAAGACUUCUGCCUUCCUCCCGGAGAUCAUCUGGCAUGGGACCGUCAGCAGCUUUUUCCCCCUUUUUCUGUCCAACUCCAGGUGCUCGGGCUCAGGGGGAGCCAGGGCAAGCUUCUGUCCUGCCCUUUCCCAGGAGCUGGGGGAGGAAGGUGUGCCCAGGGAGUGGGCGGCUCUCCCCUGCGCCCAGCUGAGGGGCAGCCUGGCAAAUCCCAGCUUUUAACAUUUUAAUCAUACCCUAUUUAGCACACACUGGAGGAAACUCAAAUACCCACUGUGGCUGCUCCUCUAGGCUGUCCCAGAGAGGCCCAGGGAGCACAAGGCAGCCUCCUUCCCACAGUGGGGCAUGGCCAGUGCUGCCUCAGCCCCGAAACACCAGCAGGAACUGCCCAACCUACCCCCUGCCUGCUGAGGGGCCCCUUGCCCAGCAGCAAGGCCCACUCCUCUCCCCCAGGGGAGGGGGGCUGGCAGCACCAUCAGCCUCCUGGCCCCAAGUGCCCCUCACGCUCCUGAAACAGCCCAAGAGCAGCACAGAAAGGUCUCAGAAACAUUUGGGGUAGGGGCUCUGUUAAUGGCAGCAGUCACAAUGCUGGAGUGUUUGGGAGCCGCUGUAGGGGUAACACCAAUAAAACACUUCUCUCAAAACACCACCGUCCUGCUGUGCCUUGUUUUAAAAACCUUGUGGAGCUGCUGUUCCUGCACCAGCUUUCAGGAGCUGAAAGCAGCUCUGGGGCUUGGUGUUCCAACAGCUCCUCUCACACCCUCCCUGCCCUCUGAGGA